CGGCUGGUCAUUGUGGACUGUGUGGUCGGCUCCUCAGUGUAAUGCCACGUGUGGAUCAGGUGCUAUGGGUCGAGUUUCCAGAAGGAGAACAUGUACGAAUCCGAUGCCAGGUAAUGGUGGACGUCCAUGUCAGGGUUUCUCCGUUGAGACUGAAGUGAAGACAUGCGGGCUGCCUCUUUGCCCAGGUGAGGUUCAAGGCGGGUUCAGUCAAUGGACGACUUGGGCAGUUCCCCCCCUGCCCGGCUACGUGUGGAAGGAACGUGUCCCGUACGCUGACCCGGCAACGUUUCUGCAACAACCCCGCCCCUGCAAACGGUGGGCGUGACUGCAGUGGACCGAGGAACGACACCAUGAACCAGAUCUGCACAGUGCCAGAAUGUCCAGUGACGGCCGUAUGUGACGACGUGAGGAAAUAUUACGGAGUCGGCUACCGUUACCACCCCACUGAUUGUGAAAAGUACAUCCAGUGUUACUACAAUCCCAAUGGCAACGCCAUCGGCGUCUACAGAAGCUGCUCUUUCGGCUACUUCUGGAACCAAGACUCAUUAAGGUGCAUGGAAUCGUGGAGGGUGUCCUGUCCUUUAGAGCGAUGUAAAGGAUCCUGCGGAUCGAGCUACAAGAUGUCGGGAAGCUGCAGAUCCUACUGGAAGUGCGAAGAAGGAAAAUCCGUAGCCAAGUGUUGCCCCAGAGGUUUAAGCUUCUCCCCAGGGGAUGGAUGCCUCCCUAACUACACCUGUAACGAUCUCUGCCCCUCCGCCUACGUUUCGAGGGAUGUAUGUGACAAGCAUCCAAACUGGAACAACGCAACUACAUACAACAUAUCGUUUGGGAACCUAGGCUGGCGGUCUACGUCCUGUCCUGAAAACACGUAUUUCAACCUCUUGGAAUGUGAAUGUACAGAAUACUGUACAGAGACAUGUGCAGCCAGCUACGUCUUCGUGGCGGGUACCAGACCGUCGUGGAUGGUUCUGGAGCGCGUUAACAACAAGGCAGGAGCUCUGUCACUCACCAACACGAGUAAAGUGCAUCUUGACAUCACGAUGACCGUCGCUGACAGCCCAAUAGUGUUCAACUUCACGUACAGGGACAUUGUCAUGGCCAACGAAAGCCGUGUGUUAGCCAGCAGCAAGAACCGACUUGUAGUGUCAACUGACCCAAAGGGCGUCACCAUCUCUGUCACCUCAUGGUAUGGAGAUGUUACCAGGAUAAUGCUGUCCACAGAUGGCAUGCCUCAAGGCCAGUGGAGGACAGUGAGUGUGAUGUAUACGGGCAAAUACCUGGUUGGCACCGUCAUGAACAACAACGUCAAGUUCAUUGACAGAGUGUUGAUCGAAAACACUAACCUCUUGUCAGACGGUCUGACGAUUGGAUCGGAUGCUUCGAGCAAACCCGGCAAGCCAUUCGUUGGAGAUAUAGGAAGGGUGUCCGUCUACAGGUGCGACCCAGGCAUCAUGGUCUGAUGAUCGUCAUCAGCCACGCAUCCAGUCUGAGACAUUGUAUGUUUCUUUGUUCAGAAGAUGCAGUUCAAUAGCACUGGAAAUAUUUUGCUUGAGUGGAUUCCAUUUUGAGUUGUAUACAGUCAUGUAUUUGUUGUACCUGGUACACAGCAUAAUGCUUAUGUACUUGGACAAUUUUAAAGUAAUGUGAAGCCAACAUUAUUGAACAGCACGUUACAAAGGUAUUAGAACAAAAACAACUACUUGAUAGUUUGUUCAGCAACUUUGUUGCAUCUAAAACAAAUAGCUGCUUUAGGCUUUGCAUUAAUUUUACAUUUAAUCGGUAUGAUUAUGCAGCAAAAAAACUAUAGUUUCUGUAUUAUUUCAGCAAUAAAUAUUUCAAUCCA